CUUGAUACCCGAGAAUCACUAAACUGAAACAACCCCGUUGACCUCAUUCACCCCACACAUUAAUGCAGAGAAAUCGCUUUCAAUUGCUACUCAUUAACAUAAUUCAUUUUAAACGAUAGAUAGAUAGAGUUAUCGACAACACACGACAAGAGUGGAGCAGGCGAACAUUCCGUACACCCUUAUACCGCGCUGACAAAAGGGAGAUAUUUAAAGACAUUCUCGAUUGACUUGUGAGGAAAGAUCGUUCUGUACUCUGAUCUAUUGUUAGCGACAGGCGAUGGUUGUGUGAGUGCGCGCGCUGGGCUGUGAAACCGGUUCGUGGAGCCAUUCUUCUGACGUCACGAGCCGGGUGUUUGACGGGGUGGCUGCCGCAGAGCCAGGACUGUAGAGUGGAAACAUGACCGACAAUGACCUCGACCACAGCGCGUGCUAGUGUUUUACUCUCGUUGUUUAGGAUUCGACACUCGUGAACACGCGAUUUUAUCAUCGCUGCUGCCGUUUUCAGAUUAAAUCCGUGCAUUUGGCGUAGGUCAUUAGCCACGAACCUUGUCUUAUCUCGAGAGCACGACACAUCCAGCCCCUGUCUGUGUGUUUUGAGGCUCGCCUCUAAACCUUAUUAACGUUACCCGAGCCGUGCACUGUAGGCUUUUGCUGUGCAUUGAAAUAUGGAUAAGGCCAAAUCAGUGAUGGAUCAGAAAGUAUCGGGUCCUUGCAGCACAAACGGCAUGCACAAGCCGCUCCGGCGACAGCUGAGCAAUGGGAGCCGUAGCCCGUUCAGUCCGACGGACGAUAAUCACCUCCAUCUUCACCACGACCCUCAAACCAACGGGGCCCCGGCGAAGAGGUGUCGGCUGCGGAGGCGAAUGGAAUCAGCGAAGAAAAACCGACCGCCCUUUCCAUGGUUUGGAAUGGACAUCGGUGGUACUUUAGUAAAGCUUGUUUACUUCGAGCCAAAAGACAUCACUGCAGAAGAGGAGCAGGAGGAGGUGGAGAAUCUGAAGAGCAUACGCAGAUACCUCACCUCCAACACGGCCUAUGGCAAAACCGGUGUCCGUGAUGUACACCUGGAGCUACGCAACCUGACAAUCUGCGGUCGCACAGGGAACCUGCACUUCAUCCGCUUCCCCACCAUUGCCAUGCACAGAUUCAUCCAGAUGGGCAGAGAUAAGCACUUCUCCAGCCUGCAUACCACACUGUGCGCCACUGGUGGCGGGGCGUACAAGUUUGAGAAUGAUUUUAGAACGAUGGCAGACCUAGAGCUGCUGAAGUUGGAUGAGCUUGAUUGCUUAAUCCAGGGGCUGCUGUACAUAGACUCUGUCGGUUUUAACGGUCAUCCUGAGUGCUAUUACUUUGAGAACCCCUCCGACACACAGAACUGCAUCAAGAGACCCUGUUGUCUUGACAACCUUUUUCCCAUGUUGCUGGUCAACAUUGGCUCGGGCGUCAGCAUUCUGGCAGUCUAUGCAAAAGAUGAUUACAAAAGAGUGACAGGCACCAGUCUUGGUGGAGGGACGUUUUUGGGGCUCUGCUGCCUGUUGACGGGUUGUGAGACAUUUGAAGAGGCCCUUGAAAUGGCCAGCAAAGGGGACAGCACCAACGUGGACAAACUGGUGAAGGACAUCUAUGGAGGGGACUACCAGCGCUUUGGCCUACAAGGGUCUGCGGUGGCUUCAAGCUUUGGGCACAUGAUGAGCAAAGAGAAGAGGGAGAGUAUUUCUAAAGAGGACUUGGCCCGAGCCACGCUCGUAACCAUUACAAACAACAUUGGCUCCAUCGCACGCAUGUGUGCAGUUAAUGAGAAAAUCGAACGGGUUGUUUUUGUGGGGAACUUUCUGCGUAUAAACACAGUGUCGACAAAGCUUCUUGCCUAUGCUAUGGAUUUCUGGUCCAAGGGCCAGCUGAGGGCCCUUUUCCUGGAACAUGAGGGAUACUUUGGAGCUGUCGGUGCUUUUCUAGAACUGCUGAAGUCGUCUGAUGAUGCAUAAAGGAAAGAAACCAUCAUCUCUGAUGAUCCAGAAGCUGCUUUAAGACUUCCACACAGAAGCUCCAACAGGAAAACUGGAAUACUGGGAACACUGGGAAAUUUAAAAGAAGCCAUUAUAGUAAUUAACCUGUAAAUAACCCUUAAAAUAAGAGUCUAAAUGAUAUUUUUAUGAGCAACUUAGUCUCCCUCAGACUGUUGACUGUAACCUUGUUGCUAAUUUUUCUGGUUGUUUAUGUUGUUGUUAUUCAUUUUGCAAUGUUUGUAAAUAUCAUUGUGUAUUAAACAGGGAGAGUUUAUUGAUGGCCAAAACCUGCUCUGUUAAAGUUUUGCUGUUCUUGUCAUGCCCACCAGGUGAGAGCGUAUCCACCGUUAACUGCUUUCUGUUUUUAGGCCUGGUUAAAUGAUGGACCUGUUGCGUUAAACUGCUGUUCAGACCCAAAAUGAUGUUUGACACACAAUUCUAGUUAAUUUUUAACCCUCAGGUGCUAUGUUAAAUAUGUGCCGACUGACAGGGAUCCUCGUAGUAAAGAAAAGACACUGGUCUGUAUUACAGCAUAGAGCAACCUUUUUCCAGUUGCCUCUCCUUUCGCUCUUCCUUUUCACUACAGUUAAGAGUUCUUCAUGUGUUUAUGCAUGAAAGUAAACCGGAAUAAGUUCACUCUUGGAAUUAUAUCAGAAUAGUUUAACUUUUUAAAGCUAUAUUUACGCUGAUUCACAUGAAGCCUUUACUUAAAAGGAUACACAGAAAGCUCAGGGUGUCACUUUUAUUUUUGAAAGGGAAUUCUGUGGGACCAAGUGGCAAAUUAGACAGGAACUUCAGAUAGAAAGCUCCCCUAACGUCCCAUAUUUUUUACCUCUUUGUCCAGCGUUGCCUCUUUUUCAUCCUGCCUUUUCCCAUUCUUUUUCCUAUUUAAACCAAAGCUACAUCUGCCAUCUUUUUCUGGAUGCACACAGUUAUAUGCACAUACCUCCUCUUUGGUUGCCUUCCUCUUAUCUAGAAUGGUACUAGAGUACUCGAAGUAGCCGUGUGAUGAAAAAAACGAAAGAUUAAGUCAGUAUGACAGCAGUUACCCUCAACCCCCCAGUAUUCAAAUAUCAAACAUGUUUAGACAGUUCUAAGACUCAGCCAUUGUGUUUCCAUUGUAGUGCCAAAGUGAGACUGGGAGGAGUCAAACCAGACAGCCUGCCAAUGCCAGCAUUCCUGCUUUGCCAGGCCAUGUACCACAUUACUUCUCCCAAAAGUUGCCUAGCAUUAGAGUAUUUCUAAGAUCCUAUAUUUCUAAGUCCAAUAUCAUAUGUCAUUAAAAAUAAAAACACCACUCCCUUACUAGUUAACUCUAUUGUUCAAUUCUCCUUGCUGUCUUUCUUGCCUUCUAUGUGAUUGAUCUGUUCUUAUGGCUCUGUGGCUGUUUUAAGGGUGUAUUUUUAUUUUUAUUUUUAUUUAUUUUUUAUUUCAAAUCUGAAUUAGAUUUUGGGGACCUCACAUGUCAACCACAAUAUUUUUCUUUUUCCAGAAAAAAAUAAUAAUUUUUGUUUGUUUGUUUUUAUAUAAAUUUUCUUUUCUUUUUUUCUUAAAAUGAAACAAAAAAAAUUGUGUGGUUAAAAAUGUUGUAUACCUUUAUAGUAUAUAAUUAUGGCUUUGGUUGGCCUUGUAUAUUUUGCAUUAAAUUAUUUAACAGCAUAUUUUGGGUACAAAAUCUGAUGGUCAUUAUGUGAUUUGAUUUUAAUUUUGUUAUUAUUAUUUUGUUUUUGUCAUUAGUUUUUUUUUAUUUAUUUUUUUAAUGAAAAUUAUCCGGUUUUAAACCCCUCGUUCUAGAUUAGGAUGAUCUUUUUGUUUGUAUACCAAACAAUAUGAAGCUGAAUGCUGUAUGGAUGAUUAACAUCGAUGAAGAUUGUACAUUUAUGGUAUUGACAAAUUGUUUUUGCCACACAAUGUUAGUAAGAUGCAAAUACGAGCAUGUUUUCAAGUGUUCAAGCCUGUGUAAUUGCACUGCACAAUUCUAUGCUAUACUUAAAGCUGUCAUUCAUUGUGCAUUAGACUUGAAUCCACAAAAUACAGCUACGUGUUUUGCAAACAGUGGUAUGGUUUGAAGUAACUUUUGUUGUGAAACCAGUAAGCAGCAAAACCAGCUGCCAGUUACAGCAGUUUUGUUUAGUAAAGAAACAACGCACAGACGUUGAGAAGGUGUAUUAGUCUAUAUCAUAGACGGUUGUACUAAUACAAAUCCUUAGAGAUCAUUUUAAUGUAUAUGGUUCUCUUCCUCUGAAAGGUGACCUUUCACUCCUCUUGCUAUGCAGUAAAGCCAGUUGCGCUGAAUGUUGUUUGCUAAAAGCAGCUUGGUUGAGAGAGUUAGAAACUAGCUGCUCGUUUGCCACUUAUAAAGAGUGAAAAGGGGCUUUUGACACAUCAUUGUUCUUUUUCUGUAUCUGGGUGUUUUCUUUUAAUUCCUACUGACAUUUUAAAACAAAUUAUACUUUGAGUUGCUUGUUUGAUAUCUUCUUUAAUGGAUACUUUGUGCUGUUCGAUUGUACAAACAUGUAAAUAUUUUUGUCUUUGUUUUUCACCUCUCAGAUGACAUUAAAGCCACACUGUGUUGAAAUUUGUGGCUUUAUUAAGAAAAUAUGAGAGAUUUGAUGUCUGUUUCACUGGGUUUAAUUGGAUACUAUUAUGCAUAGAUUUAAGAAAGGACAUUUUAAAGAAUAAUAAAGUUUAAAAAA